AUGAACAUGGUCAGCUGGCCCUUGCCCUCCGUGUGCGCUACGUCGUCGCAACGAGUCUCCGCCGACUGACUCGAACUGCCCCUAUCGGACACCCCACCCCACCCCCACCCACCCCGACAGGUCUGGAAUACGAACCCCAUGGGCAUCUGUCUCGUCUUCCCUUCGCUUCAGAUCACCUCGCGCUCAAGCCUCGUCUGCUAUGUUGUGUUCCGUACGUCCCGAAGCGCCCAGCCCACCCGAGCCCCGGCGCAGGUGACCGACCACUCGAAACUGACCGAUCGGACCAAUCCCUUUCCCCCUCCCCCAUCCCGCACCAGUCAUACUGCUCUCGAUCCUCUACGAAUACACUCGUCUCUCGCUCCUCUCCUUCGACCGCGUGCUCCGAACAUCCCUCCGAGGCGCAGGGGCCAACUCGAACCUCUCCACAGCUUCGGGGAGCUAUCCGCAUCGCAACCCUUCGCCUACACCUGGGUCGAGGCGACCUACGAACACCCCUCUUGGAGAGUCGAGGGAUUCGGAUGAGGCGCUGUUGGGCGGAGGUCGGGGUGCGCGGUCGUUUGGCGUCGUGUGAGUUGGGUUUUCUCGGCGUUUUUGGCUCGAGGCUCAUCCGUGCCUCUUCCUUCUCUCCCUUGGGGAACAGCAAACUUCCAUGGUCGAUCCAGACACGAAGAUCGAUGUCGUACACCUUUAACAUCGCGCUGUCGGUGCGUUCUCCAAAGUCGUACCAGAGCCCGGCUGUGGUCGAUGGCCCAGACUGACCUCGUGUAUCGCCUUGACCUGGGCUCGUACGUCAUUCGAUCAGUUCUACAUCAUGUUGAUCAUCAUGUGUAAGCUCACCCGAUCCGGGAGAAGUGUGAACCUGACUGUGACUGACCACACUUGCCGUUUGAUUGAACAGCGUACAACGCCGUCCUGAUCGCCGCGGUCCUCAUGUUCGUCCUAUACCGGGCACCUACAAUAGGGUAGUCCUCUUCCGGAAUCACAUCACUGACCUAUUCCAAUCUUUCAUCCUUUCACAGUGGAGCCUUCCUGGGGCACUGCAUCUUCCAACGACAUUUCGACCUUGGAGUCGUCGAGGACGAUGGGAAAACUCUGUCGUGUCACUGA